AUGCGGGUAGGAUGGCUGGCGUCUCCAUGGCGGCUCCUCGUGGUGACAGUCAGAAUUCAGCUAUCAGAGUCCCCAUUUGUAAAGUUUCAUUGUUUUUAUCAAGGAUGUAAGGAAGAAAUACCAAAAUCAAUAGGAUUACUAGAGCUGGAGAAAGUCAGUUAUGGAAUUGAAUCCUUGCAAUCUUCAAGUACAUAUGAGCACAUAAUUUAUCAAAUAAGAGAUAAGAAAAUGGAUUUUAAUCCCUUGGAAAGAAAUUACUCUUUGAGAGAAUUUGAGGAUCAAUUCUACAGGAUUCUUGUGAAAUCAGACAAAUAUUCAAAGAUGUGUAGAAAAAGUAAAGAUCCCUGUGAUUUUCCAGAAUAUUGUAAUGGAACAUUUGAAUAUUGUCCAGCUCAUAUGAGAUCUGCUGAUUUAGAACCAGGCUUGAAUUAUACUUCUGAUUGCUAUGAGGGAGUAUGGUGA